AUGGCCUCCCCAAGCACGUUCUCGCUAGGUCAUAUCAUCAAAGUCUCCGUCUCGGAGAAAGAAGACAUCAAAUGCUUUGGAAGGGCGUCGACCAGGGGAAAGCCCAGGCCAUGCGCUAGGAAACUUGGCGAAGGGAGGAAGCUGGCUGCAAGAAGAAUUCUCCAACAUACUAUUGCUCACGAAGAUCUCAGAGGUGAUCUAGUGAAAGGUGUGAUCAAAACGCUCGCACAGACUCUUGUUCACGGUGACCACAACCCAGGAUGCCGAGCGAGACUCGAGAAUGAAUGGCUCGGUCUUCUAGAAGAGCAAAUAGCACAAGUGGACGCACACCAGAUGGGGCAGCGUCUUGGCCCAGAGAAUACUACAUCGCCGCCAAUGAGUUCUGGAUGCACGGAGACCUCUGCCAUUACUGAGCCCUCGGUUACUAAAAGAUCCAUACCCGAGGGCCAAGUUCGCUACCCUCCGCUACGCAUGCCCGCUUCCCCCCCCACGAACAAAAUCCCAGUUAUCCAAGAACCCAUCUUGGAGGGGGAAGUUCGCUACCCUUUGUUACCUAAGUCGGGUAAUGAAGCGUCAAUGGCAGAUGUCACCGAGAAAAUAGGGGCUCUGGCGCCAAUUUCCGCGCAGAAUACUCAGGAGACUUUAUCUGCUUACCACCUCACACCGUUCGCACGUCGCAUCCCCACAAUUCAUGAGGAUUUCUCUGUUAAUCUGUCUUCGAACUGGAUACUCUCUUGCAUGAUGGGUUUUAUCAUGCAGAUAGGUCAGCAUGUUCUCGCUAUGAUGUUCGUGCGAUUCGGCAGUGUCUCCACGCAAGAUCAGACUGGUCGAGUCACAAAACCAGUGACACAACUUCAAUUCCUGUUUGGUGUCAAUAUUGCGAUUGAAGGAUUGAAUCUCGCAUUCUGGAUUUAUACUUUGCUGAUCGUUGCACUAUUCCGAUUGCUCUUUUCUGUCUUGUGGCCGCUGUCGGGUCUUUUUGCGGGGGAUGCAUUCUGCUCUUAG